UGUAUGUCCUACAGGAGGCUAGUCAUCUCAUGCUAGUAUCGAAAGGCAGGUUCAUGCGUUAUAUAUAUGUAUAUAUGCAUCCCUAAAUACUGUGUUUUAUGUUCCUCGGACAUAUCCAUCAGAGAACUCACGUCGCCUUUUCUAAAGUAAGCUUUCAGCUUCAACACGAUCUCAGGUUGAUACGAAGCACGAUAACAACUUAGAAAAAAACGGAUCAUAAGUAAAUCAUAUCUAGUAAAUCGAUGGGAAAUUGCUACUCUGUCAAAUUAAAUACAACUAAACUUAGGGCCGAUAGGGAGGCAUUAAUUAACCAGAGUGAUGCUACAACCUCUCAGCAUAUCAAGCAUGCCAAGGAUGAUGCGUAUCUUUCUUAUGCUAAGAUUAGUGUUUAUGUGAACCGAAAAGACGCUCCACUGCCAUCUUUUGUGCGACAAGAGACCAACACCCAUCGAAAUCGGUCUCCGGCAAGUUUGGAUCGUAUAGGGGCUGUUCAUAGAGUCGGUGCGGAGUUGCCGCCUCCAAGAGAGGCAGAGGGCAGCAAUCGGACUCAUAGAAACGUCGUUCAACGAAAGAGUACUGGCGUGGGGCGCCGUGCUAUAAAGAUUAGGGAUGCUAGUGUGAAGGCAAAGACCAACACGGCCGGUUCCUCUGAUAAAGCCUGUGCGAUGAAGCCACAUAUCCCUAGCACGCCUACGCAGCGACCACGAGAAACGCUGGCGUCUCAGGACCCCUUGAGUCCUGGUUUUUUGUCGUCGCAUGCUAGUGACAACGAUCUUGUAUUGAUAUGUCUAGAUUGUGGAAUGACGAUUGAUGAGGAAAGCGUAGGAAUCAUUUGCCCACUGACUGCUAAACUCCACGCUUGAGUCUAUUUCUGUACUGGAGGCAAUGUGCUUCAAGUUUAGGCUUAUUUAUUGGAAGCUAUUGUUUAUCUGUUCCUUGUUUGAGAAGAUUAUUAUCUUCUCUUUCAGCUCGUUUGUGAUUCAGGGGUGAUAAUCUUGUUGACUCUGAACGGAACUACGAUGAUCUUGUGCCGUAGAAUGCGUUUAGACUGUGACAUUGUUUCUGUUUUACAUAUUAUUUUUCUUUAUGACCCUCUCCUCUUUUUGGAUAUUAAUAGUGAUCGCGAAAACUUCCCUUUUUCUCACGAUUUCUCCCCUUUCUUUGAUUGAAGCUUGUUUCUCUACAAUAUUUAUUUUCAUUGCUUUUUUUAGGCAGUAGAAAUAAAUAUUGAAAUAGAAUCGAAGCUAUUCACAAAUAUACACACGCAACAGCAAAGACCUAUUGCUUUUUUUUUAGACACAUUCCUUUGUUUUUUUUGCUGAUUGUUAUUUCUGUAUAUUCACUUCGAAGGUUAUUUAGUUUGCUUCAAAAUAGUUUCCUCACUUCGUUUCUCUUUAUUUUCAUUAGUUGUUGGAAUACUAAAUACAAGAAGUCGUGGCGAUAUAGGAAAAGGUAUAGAAAUAAGUGUUCCAAAUUCCAAAUUA